GCCCGCCAUGGCCAAGCAGUACGACGUGCUGUUCCGGUUGCUGCUGCUCGGGGACUCGGGCGUGGGCAAGACCUGCCUGCUCUGCCGGUUCACCGACAACCAGUUCCACCCCGCCCACAUCUCCACCAUCGGUGUCGACUUCAAGAUGAAGACCAUCGAAGUGGAUGGGAUCAAGGUGCGGAUACAGAUCUGGGACACAGCCGGCCAGGAGCGAUACCAGACCAUCACCAAGCAGUACUACCGGCGGGCACAGGGCAUUUUCCUGGUGUACGACAUCAGCAGCGAGCGCUCCUACCAGCACAUCGUGAAGUGGGCCAGCGACGUGGAUGAGUACGCACCUGAUGGCGUCCAGAAAAUCCUCAUCGGGAACAAGGCGGACGAGGAGCACAAGAGGCAAGUGCCCAAAGAGCAAGGGCUGCAGCUGGCCAGGGAAUACGGGAUGGAUUUCUACGAGACCAGCGCCUGCAGCAACCUCAACAUCAAGGAGUCCUUCACGCGGCUGACAGAGCUGGUGCUGCAGGCGCACCGCAAAGAGCUGGACGAGCUGCGGGGGCCGCCCCGGGGGCUGCGGGGGCCGCCCCGCCCCCCCGCCCUGGCCCGCCUGGAGGAGGAUGAGCAGCAGCCCCUGGGGAGUGAGGACACCCCCAAAACCUGCUGGUGUUGAAGGCUGGGACCCCCCUGAUCCCCCUCCCCAGGGUGUGUCGGGGGGCAUGGUAGGGGCAGGACUGGGGCAACCCCCAUGGAGUGGGGGUCAACACGGGACACCCCCAGGGACAGGGGUGAUGGGAAGGUGGCAAGGGGGGGGGCCCUCAUCCUGGCACCUGUGCCCCCCUAGGUUUGCAGGUCGGGUGGGGGCUGUCCAGGCACUGUGUGCCCAGCCUGUGCCACCCCAUGCCUGUGGGACCCCCGGUUUUACACAAUGGUUUGCAGAAUAAAGGUGAUG